AUGUCGGAGACUGCUCCUGCCGCUCCCGCCGCCGCGCCUCCUGCGGAGAAGACCCCGGUCAAGAAGAAGGCCGCCAAGAAGCCUGCUGGGGCGCGCCGUAAGGCGUCUGGACCCCCAGUGUCCGAGCUCAUCACCAAGGCUGUUGCUGCCUCCAAGGAGCGCAGCGGCGUGUCCCUGGCUGCGCUCAAGAAGGCGCUGGCGGCUGCUGGCUACGAUGUGGAGAAGAAUAACAGCCGCAUCAAGCUGGGUCUCAAGAGCCUGGUGAGCAAGGGCACCUUGGUACAGACCAAGGGCACUGGGGCUUCUGGCUCCUUUAAGCUCAACAAGAAGGCGGCCACCGGUGAGACCAAGCCCAAGGCCAAGAAGUCGGGCGCGGCCAAGCCCAAGAAAAGUGCUGGGGCAGCCAAGAAGCCCAAGGCCAUGGGCUCGGCCACCCCGAAAAAAGCCGCUAAGAAGACCCCGAAGAAGGCGAAGAAGCCGGCCGCAGCUGCUGUGACCAAGAAAGUGGCCAAGAGCCCAAAGAAAGCUAAGGCUGCCAAACCUAAGAAGGCUGCCAAGAGCGCGGCUAAGGCAGUGAAGCCCAAGGCCGCCAAGCCCAAGGUUGCAAAGCCCAAGAAGGCUGCACCCAAAAAGAAGUAG